AUGGAGUUUAUCUUGUCGAUCUGGGGACCGGCUAGCAAGCUCUUCAAGGACUCGCCCCCGCUUCUCAUGGCUCUAUUCAGUGCUCGCCUUGGCUCUCGUGGAUUAUCUCUCAUGCAUUUUAUGCCGCUGUUGGAAAACGAUCUCCUGGCACACACGUCUGAUAACUCUGGUUUUACGAUGGAUUUUAGUAAUAAGACGACACCCCCUCCUACCCCACUCGAGUGCACGUCAUAUGACGACAUUCUAUCAGCACUAUACGGUUUGAAGAGCUUCGGCAACAAGUUGUGGUUCGACUACCUGAAUGUGCUGAUUUCGCGAUUGAUUCACUUUGUGUCAGACAACCGCAGUCAGGACCCCAGCAACAGCUCCAUCCGCGUGAAGAGAACACUCCAGUUGAGCAAUGCGUUCCUGGGAGCCGCGCUGGAUCAUCUUGCUGCGGAUAGCCCGUCGUGGUGGCGUGAUUAUUGGGGUGAAGUUCACAAGAUUAGCUCGGAGUCACUUAGUUGGAUCUUGGCUCUCCAAAACAUCCAGGCCAGCCAGGUUGCAUGCCUGCGCGCUGCCGCUACGGCUCAUACUGGAUCGGCCACGGCCCCCAGUGCCCACGCCUCAUCCGAUGGCAACCGCAGAUCCCAAGCAAACUCCUACAACCCGAUUCCAGAGCACAUUCGCAGGCAAGUCCCACGCCGUCCUGAUGGAACGGAACCAUGCUUACGUUUCUUUGGGGGAUCGAUGUGUCACGGGGGCACGGUCGAUCGGUGCGCGUACUCGAAGCGCACUCACGUCUGGGACUCGCCUCUGCCCCGCGAAGUCCAAUCCUGCAUUAAUCGCUUAUAUGGUGGCAACAAACGGUCCCAUUACGGACCCCAGCGCGGCUAA